AUGGAGCAAGAGAAAAUAAUUCAAUAUUUGAAGGCUUUUUUCGAAAAGAUUCCUGAACGUAUCCGAGGUGCAAUCUUAAUUGGCUCAUUUGGAAGAGAAGAAGGUUCAUUGUUAUCAGAUAUUGAUAUUGAAUUACUUGUCAUUGAAGAUCAGCUUGACAUCGAUGAAUUUACGAAUGAAAUUGUCGAACUUUUCAAACAUUCCGAGGAAUCAUUAAUCGUUAAACAUACGAUUUGGUUAGCAAACCAGCGAAAGCUUGCUCUUUAUCAUGGAUCUGAACUUCUCCUGACAGAACUUUAUCUUUACACUGAACUAUCACAAUUUGAUAAAUAUUUUCUCGGUUCUCGCAUAACUGACUUAAACAAAUGUAUUUUAAUUGAUCACUGCAAUGUAAUUCGUCCGCAUCUCGAAACUAUUCUCAAAUUGCCUUACGAUGAUCCUCAAGGUUUAAUCCGUGAAUUGGUUUCCAGCAUACAAUUCACAUUAGAAUCAACCUACACAGCUAAACGACGCGAUGAUCCAUACAAAUACUAUUUUCUGUUCAAUAUUGUUCUCCAUGAACUUGUUAGACUUGCUUAUGUCUUAGAUGGCAAGAUAGAAUACAAUUACAAUCCCCCUCGAUCUGCUGUCAAUGCAGAUUUGUUACCCUCGAUGGAUUUAACGAAAAGCGAUAUGCAUAUGAAAAAUCUCAUUGCGUUUUUUUUUCAACAACUCGAUCGAAUCGAUAAGAACGAAGCGAUUUUAACAAGAAAAGCACGUGAAUUUUGUGAAGAUUUAAUGAAACGAAAAUAG